ACAGGCACCAAUGCCAACAUCCCGCCAGCACUUAACAAAAAGCUUGCUCGAAGGGACGGAAAUGUGGCAGGCAGACGGGCAGCAGUUGUGGUUGACGGGUCGCUGCAGGUCGGCGACGCCAGCCGCGAAGGACUGAAGACGAGCCCACCGUUUUCGCCCGCAUACUUGCUCGCGGCUCUCAAGAAGGGUAGCAUUGAUGUUGUUAGCACCCGGCCCAGCGGCCCCAGCGACACCCGCGGGAAGACGACGCCGGGCAGGGCCGAACCCCCUGUUGCGCCGCUGCAGUUGGCACGCCAAACGGCUUCAAACUUGGGGCCAAACCGGACGAUCGAUGACGUGAACAAGACUGCAGGGCGCACUGCAGAACCGGCCCCAGCCGUGCCGCACGUCACGCUAGACUCUUUAUUAUCCGAGAAGCUAUUCUUUCCGUCCCGCAGAACCCCUGCAUUCUUCCUGCCCACUCCGUCCUCCGUCUCCCUUGAUGCGGCAGUCAAGAAGAGGCCAGUGUCCCCAGCGCUACACAUCGUCCGUCCAAGCAGUCCUGGCUCGCGGUCUGAGCAUCGUGGGAAUCAUCGCCAGCGACCACAGCAGCGACGGCCACGGCACCAGCAGCGGGGCGAAGAAGUGGGAGGGCGGCGGUGGCGCGAGCAAACAGAGGCUACACAUUGGGCCGUCAACGAGGUGGCACAGCUCGACGCCGAAACCGACAGGAUUUUCUUGGCCGGAGUGGGCGACGGCGAGGGUGGGAAGAGCAGAAGCAAACAGACCGUGUAUCAGACGAUGCAGCCUUCCGGGAUGCCGUCCUCAGCGACCCGGCUCCCCAGCCCACCCCAAGAGCUACCACAGGGCGACCACGGGCGCGAAGGGUUUGCCUUCUUUUCGCGCAGUCGCAAGAAGAGCAUUACCAGCGACUCGCCCCGUUCAACGCUCAAAAAACGCUCCCGCGCACUGCCCACCUCGUCGACCUCGACAUCGGCGACCGAUCCUUAUGUUGGCGACUCUCCGCUGUCCCCGCUGUCGCCUCAGUCUCUUGGCACCACGCCGGAUGCCGACAUGAGCCGCACACGCACCCUGAGUGAGACUAACAGCUCCGGAGCCAAGUCUGUUGGCGUGCGGUGCAGAGGCGUCACCGUGCCCGUCCAGGUGGACAAGGGAACCACCGCGGACGAUCUUCUCCUAGAAUGCUCGAAAACGCUGGAAAAGCUCCAGCGGCCAAUUGACAGGGAUACCUGCGUCGUGAUCGAGCCGUGCCUCCGCCCAGGUCUCGAGAGGCGGCUUCGACGCUAUGAGCGAAUCUGGGACGUGAUGAACGCUUGGGACCCGGGCGCACCCUACACGCUGAUCGUGCUGCCGGACUCUUCCGACGUGGACGGGGAACUGAGCCUUUCCAGCGUCCCAAAGACGCUUGAGGAGCCGGCCGGCUUUGCGCUUCCUCUCUAUCACCUCCAGCGGCCGGGGAAGUGGAGCCAGCGUUACAUCACGCUGAAGGAGAACGGACAGAUGUUUGCAUCGAAAAAUCAGGACGCGAAGCCCUCGGACAAGGACGUCGUCAGGCUAUGCCACCUCUCCGACUUUGACCUCUAUCUACCUACCGAGGCCGAGCUGCGGAAUCAGCUGAAGCCCCCAAAGAGGUACUGCUACGCCAUCAGAAGCCAGGAGAGGGCAUCGCUCUUCGUCGACUCAAAUCUCUACGUGCAGUUCUUUUGUACCCAGAACCCCCACAUCGCCCGCCAGUUCCGCUCGGGCGUGCAUGGCUGGCGGAGCUGGUACCUGGUGAAUAAGAAACUGAGGCUGCACGAGCCGCGGGAACCACCCCCAACCUCUCCAGCGAGCCACUCGAGGCCCGAUUACGGCUACAGAGGGAGAGCCUCAAUCGACCAGGCCGCCAGGGGAAGACCAUCGGAUGAUCUGCCCCCUUCCACCAGAUCGAUUAGGUCUUCACGCGAGGACACGCCGCCGGAUAAAGCAGGGCCGUCGGCGAUCCCUCCGGUGCCGCGUGUGCCUGCGUCUCUUCUGGAAAAGAACGCUGAGGUCUUCGCGGCAAACGGCUUGCUCGGGAAUGCGUAUGAAGAGCGAAAGCAACAAGCAUUGCGUAAAGACUUGGCCACGUCCACGCCAGGCGACGCUGCCUUCGUCGACGGGCCCAAUCUUUUGAACGGCCGCGCAGCGGUACCCCUUGGCACGGACGGCCGCCAGCAGACCGGCGGCUCAGACAAACCCUCCAAGACGCCGCCGAAACCCAGCAGUCCGGAGCAAGAAGACUGGUUCCCUUCCGCCGUCCAACACUCCGCCGAGCAGCGCACUACGCGCUCAACUGCCCCGCUGGCCCGGCGACCGAGCACCUCCUCCCGCGCCCCCUCCCGCGCCCCCUCCGUCCGCGAGCGGGAGCCACCAUCAUCAUCAUCAAUACCCCCGCAGCAGCACCCUCACCAACGCCAACCCGCGGCCCCAGCCCAGCAGCCGCUCAUCGACCUGACCCCGACCUUCGUCGAGCCCCCGCAGUGGUCGAGCAAGAACCGCGGCCGCGGCGUGCGCGCGCCCCUCGGCAGGCCGCUCGUCGACCUCGCCACGGGCCCGCCCGCCACCUCCUCGCGCUUACCCCCCGAGCCGCCGAAGAACCUUGUGCGCAGGCCCGAGGCGGGCGCGGUCGGUUGGAGUGGUGGCGGCGGUGUUGGCGGUGGUGGCGGGCCGACGCUGCUGCAGCAGCUUAUCGCGGGGGAGUCUGACGCGCAGGGGCAGAUGGGGAGGGCGGGUAGGCAGAGGGGGCAGACACUUACUGGUGGCGGUGGUGGUGGUGGUGGUGGUGGUGGUGGUGGCGAGGGGUUGGUGGGCUCGGCGGGGCUGCUGGGGAGGAGCAAAACCGUCCGGAGCAGCGCCAGUGCCGGGUCCCGGGCUGCGCAACCCACCACCAUGACGGCGGGAGGUGCGGCUUCUCUGCAGAAUCGGGGCCGGGCGGCGAUGGGGGUUGGAGAGGCGGACCGGGUGAAUGAGCGGUUGCGGAGCGUGGAGAGGCAUGGGAGG